ACACACAGACGCAUUUUACAGCAGUUCGUCCGUAGAUGAUGUGGAAGCCGCCGGAGAAUAAAGAGCUCGUACUUUAGAGUCAGGCAGCGACAGCGCAAAACUCCCUUCCCUUGGCAGAAAGAGGAGGAGACAGUGGGGGGAAGACAGAACAUAAAAACAGUAAAGGGCUUUGAGAGAUUUUCUGUGAGAAAAGGGAGGUUGGAGAACAGAAGCAAUGGACAGCCUGCAGGAUGCCUCCCCGUGCUCUGCCGGCCAGUGGCUAGCGGCUCUGAUGCUGAGUCUGUGCUGCUUGCUGACCACUUGCCUCCCGGCAGCAGCUCAAAGCGUGGAUUUCCCCUGGCCAGCUGAGGACAACGUCGUGGUGCGACAGGGAGACACGGCCAUCCUCAGAUGCUAUCUGGAAGAUGGUGCUUCAAAGGGCGCAUGGUUGAACCGGUCCAGUAUCAUCUUUGCGGGGAACGACAAAUGGUCUGUGGACCCACGCGUGUCAAUCGUAUCAGGCAUUAAACAAGAAUAUAGUCUUCAGAUUCAGAAGGUUGAAGUCACUGAUGAUGGCCCAUAUACCUGUUCAGUCCAGACACAAUACAAUCCCAAGACAUUACAAAUGCAUUUGAUAGUGCAAGUUCCUCCAAAGAUUCUUGACAUUUCUUCUAGCUGUGUUGUGAAUGAAUUCAGCAAUGUCACUCUUUUCUGUGAGGCAAAUGGAAAACCAGAGCCCACCAUAACUUGGAAGCAUAUAUCACCAUCAGCAAAAGAUUUUAUCAGCGAAGGUGAAUACCUCGAGAUUUCUGGCAUUACUCGGAACCAAGCUGGAGUCUAUGAAUGUAUCGCAAACAAUGAUGUGUCAAUUUCAGAUACACGAACAGUUCGUAUUACAGUGAAUUAUCCUCCAGCAAUAAAGGAAAUUAAGAGUCCUGGGAUGGUCCUUGGUAAAGUUGGGCUAUUGAGAUGCGAGGCUUUUGCAGUUCCUGCGGCAGCUUUUGAAUGGUACAAGGGAGACAAGAGGUUGGCCUCCGGCAGGCAAGGAAUUCAUAUCAAGAACUUCAACACCAGAUCUAUCCUCACUGUCACUAACAUUACUGAGGAUCACUAUGGCAACUACACAUGCGUGGCUGCCAAUAAGCUAGGGACAAGUAGUGCCAGUCAUUUUCUACACAUGCCAUCCAAAGAAAAACAUGGAAUCCCUGGUGGUGCUGAAGUUAUUUUAUCCUGGUGGUACCUGGUGGUGGGACUAUCCUUCCUGGUCAGCACAUACUAGCAGAGGGGAAACUUGCCAGCCACGAAGAACGUGAGUGGGAAAGCAUGAAGAAGUUCAAGAAUCACUUCCAAGUGCUGGGAACUGGAAACAAUCUGGUACAGUUCAUUCACAGAAAGUGUGAGAAUCAAUCAACAGUACAAACACAGGGAUGUGAAACUUUCCUAUAAUUACUGAUCAUGUAAAUGUCUAAAUUAUAUUCUUUACAGGUUUUCAUCAAGAUUUAACAUUGAACUCAUUAUCCUCAAGCUUUGUAGGCUGUGGAGUUACUUUUUGAGAACAUAUAUUGUAUUAUCUUGCAUAAAAGCUGAAAUGCUUCACAGUUCACAUUAGCCGCCCCUCCUCUCUGCAUCAAGGUGCUGGUUACAUGCAAGAAAAAUAUGGCACGCAUGAGAUAUUAUAGCCUAUAAUAUGAUUUUGUAUUCAUAAUUUCAUCAUAACUCUACUGGGCAUUCAAUGGAAACAGGCCUUGUGUAUAUAAUGUUCCAAAGUUUUAACAGGUUUAUCCAAAUAUAUAAAUCAGGAAAAACUCAUUUUUGCAACAGAACAGACUGGUAUAAGAGGGGAAUCCAUUUCAGUUAAUUAGUCAUUUUUCUGUAAAUUUAACAUAUUCCAGAUUUCCUCUAAAAUACCUUAUAGUUAAAGAACACUUGAAUUCAAGAAAAUGAGAAAGAAUAAGGACAUUGCAUUUGUGCAGUAGUAGUGAGCUGCUUCACAGCUCCUGUGACCUGAUUUCAGUCCUGACCUCUGGUACUGUCUAUGCUCACUUUCUCCCUUUCACUGCAUGGAUUUCCCUUCAGUGCUCUGGUUUUCUCCCACAUCACAAAGACAAGUGGGUAGAUUAGCUUGGUACUGUAAACUGCACCUAGUGUAAGUGUAGAGGGGGAGUUUGCUGGGUACAUGAGGGAAAAUAGAUUACAGGAAAAGUUAAGUGGGAGAAUGGGACUAAUGGAAAUCCUUGGAGAGCCAGCAUAGACUUGAUGGGCCAAAUGGUCUUCAACAUGGGAACGAAAAUGCGGGGAAUAUGGGAAUAGAUCAGUCAUCUAUCACAAUUUACCCACUUCCAUUUUUCCCAUUGUAUUGACUUUUUUCAGUGUUCUUGUUUGGUCCAGUCCCGUAAUGAUUUUAGAAUAUUUCAUAUUUCCCUACAACACUGAAGGAAGCGAUUUGGUCCAAUAAGUCAAUGCUGGCCCUCAGUGCCAUCUCAUCAAUCCUAUUCUGCAGCAUUCCUGUAAUUUAUUCUCCUUCAUGCACUUAAACACUCAUUGACUGCUGUCUAAUUCUCAAACCACCUUGGCAAGGCUAGGGGUCAUUCAUGGGGCAGUUAAAUACCAGCUAGCGUGUCUUUGGGAUGUGGGGCAGCAUAAAAACUUGAAAAUGCUAGAAAUAGGAAAGUAUAACACUUUUGGAUACAGUAGCAACAGAAAGAGAUCAUCUCCAUUUGAAAGGAGACUUGUGCCAGAAUCACAACUGAUCUCCAUAUGAGAGUGAGAAUCUCGAUCAGAUUUAAUUCUAAUCUGAUAGAGAAUCCCAACCAAAAUAUUAGGCUUCAUUUAUUUUCCAGCUAAUGAUAACCAUUUACUAUUUUCUUUUCAUUGUAGAAUAAAUGGGAUUUUUUUCCAUUCACAUUUUGCAUUUGAGAUUUAACUCUGUAUAUACUCCCAGUUUAUACUGUAGAUGGGCUGAUCAUACUGAAUGAAUUUGUGGCUUAAGUACCAAUUGCGUGGACUGUCUCUGUAACAGCAUUUACAUUUACAAGUUGUGGUCUGUGUGAAGUUGCAGCACAUAAAAUCGACAUGUAUUAGUUUGUGAAAGUUAACAAAUACUACUGCCUUUUCAAAGUUUCAGCUCAUUCUAGAGGUAGAAAAUGUAAAAGUCAAAGUUUGCUGCUUUAUGAUAACAAGAAUUCUACCAUUCAAUUAUGUAUUUGACCAAGUGAUUACAAGUCCAGUUGGAACAAAGCAAAGCCUUAAAUCCAAGUUUCAUGAUGUCAGAGAAAACAAUCUGUGCAAAAUUCUAAGGCUUUUAUAUAUUCAUGACAUAACUCAAAAUGUAACAGAGCCCUGAGUAGAAUCUGUUUUCCAAUAAUGUCUUCUUCACUGAACCAAGCAAUGUUUUAAUUAACUGUUGCUCCAUUCAAAAAAAAACAGCUGGAAUAUCAAAUGUUUCCUUCAUUGAAGAACAAAAAUAACUAGUAAAUACAAAUCUGAAUAUUUGAAAGAUUGAGAUGAAUGUGAGUUAGAAAAGCAAAAUAGUAUUCAAUGGGGGAACUAUGGUAAAUAUUCUUCCCUUAUCAUUUUAAUUUAUUAAAGUGGAACUGACUUUAUCCACAUACUUAUUGAUUCCUUUGGCAUUUGUGGUUAGCCAGUUGACCAUGGAGCUUCAUUUGUUUCCAAUGACAUCAUAAAGAAUAUGUUUUCUAUUGCCCAGCUGCCAAUCUAAAUCCUCACUGGAUGAUCAAUUUUGCACCUUUAUGAAUGAGCAUUUGGAUAACUUUAACUACUGUACUCAUGGAAGGUGGAAGUGAAGCCAAAUAGCUGUAAAACAUUUACAAUCAUGAUGACCUCAAUGGAAGAAGUGAUGCAAUUAGUCACCUUUUUAAUAAUUUUAUCUUUUGCAACAAAUCUUUUUUCAAGAAGAUUACAUUCACUUAUUGUAUUGAACAACUGUAAUGAUGCAAAAUGAUGAAAAUAUUUAUGAAGUGCCCUAUAAUAAAGGUGUAGAGUGGAUCAAAGAGAUCUAUUGGCUGCAGACACAAAUCUCUAAUCAUCUGGUAUAUGGUGACUAUUUCAAAAUUCAAAAAAGUUAUUCUCACUAUUGAAACUAGAACGUGUUGCAUUCAUUUCAGGCUGUGGAAGUGAUAUAACAUUUUUUUCUUAUUUGUUUCGGAUACACAUACUGUACCACAGGGAAAGCUAGAUUUUAUGGACUAUCCCUAAUUGGCCUUGUGAAGGUGCUCGUGAGCCAGCUUUUAAAGUGUUGUAGUCCUUCUGAUGCAGAUACUUGCACAGUGUGCUUGUGUGAGUAGUUUCAUGUGUUAGACCUUGCACCAAAAUGGAACAGUGCUAUAACUCUGAUACAGACUGGGGCGUGGCCUAGAGGCAAACUGCUGGUGGUGAUGUUCCCCAUCAUCUAAUACACUUGUCCUAAUUGUCCCUAGUAAAGGUCAAUGGUUCAGGAGGUGCCAUUUGCAUUUUAUACCCAGUGUAAUCAUUGAUGGAAAGAACUAAUAUUCAGAGUAGUCAAUGGGGUGUUAAUCAUGUAGGCUACAUUGUGCUGGAAUAAUACAGAGCUUCUUGUGUGUUACUGGAGUUGCACUUUCCUAGAAAGAAAAGAAUUUUCUAUCAUGCCCCUGUCGCAUGAUUUGUAGAGGCUGAAACCUUUGAGGGUACCAGUGUCAAGUCAACUCUUUAUUGUCAUUUCAACCAUAACUGCUGGUACAGUACACAUUAAAAAUGAGACACCGUUUUUCAGGACCAUGGUGCUACAUGAACAAUACAAAAACUGCACUGAACUAGGUAAAAACAACACAAAACUACACUAGACUACAGACCUACCCAGGACUGCAUAAAGUGCACAAAACAGUGCCGGCAUUACAAUAAAUAAUAAACAAGACAAUAGACACAGUAGAGGGUAUAGUAGGUUGGUGUCAGUCCAGGCUCCGAGUAUUGACGAGUCUGAUGACUUGGGGAAAGAAACUGUUACAUGGUCUAGUCGUGAGAGCUCGAAUACUUUGGUGCCUUUUGCCAGAUGGCAGGAGAGAGAAGAGUUUGUAUGAGGGGAGCAAAACAUAAUGCUGUUUUGCUUUACGGAUGCAGCGUGUGGUGUAAAUGUCUCUCAUGGCGGGAAGAGAAACCCCGAUGAUCUUCUCAGCUGACCUCACUAUCUGCUGCAGGGUCUUGAGAUCUGAGAUGGUACAAUUUCGAACCAGGCAGUGAUGCAGCUGCUCAGGAUGCUCUCAAUACAACCUCUGUAGAAUGUGGUGUGAAUGGUGGGGGUGGGGGGGGGGGUGGGAGAUGGACUUUUCUCAGCCUUCGCAGAAAGUAGAGAUACUGCUGGGCUUUCUUUGCUAUGGAGCUGGUGUUGAGGGACCAGGUGAGAUUCUCCGUCAGGUGAACACCAAGAAAUUUGGUGCUCCUAACAAUCUCUACAGAGGAGUCGUCGAUGUUCAGUGGAGAGUGGAUGAGUCACUGAAUAAAUGCUCCUUAUAUUAACUGAAAUAUGGUUUGAAAUAAAGCAGAAAUAGAUCAAAGAACAGUGAAGCAUUUAAAGUUUUAUCGAUAUUGCUAAGCUACUAAAAACAACAUUUCUGACACUAAAAUUUGCUGCUGAAUCAAAUUACAGCCAGAGACUAAUUGUCCUGAAUUGUUUCCACCAAAUUACACACAUUUGUCACCAUUAAUACUGCACCUUAAUGUGGAAUAGCACAAGAUGCUUGCUAAGACUAUCCAAAAUGUAGGAACACAUAUAGAAUUAUUACUUCUUGUGUUUUUAGUUUGAGUAUGUCUGAUAUCAAUACCUUAUAAAUCAAAAAUACUAAUUCACUGAUAUUCUAGAGACAUUGGUUAGCAUCUAUGAAGUCUGGACCACUUGAUGACUCCUUCAGACAAAGUUGUCUUUUUUUAAAUAUUAAGAACAUUGCUUACACAACCGUACAGCACGUUACUGGCCCCUUGGUCCCUGAUGUUGUGCUGACAUUUUAACUGACUCCAAGAUCAAUUCAACCAUUCCCUGCCACAUAACCCUCCAUUUUUCUUUUAUUCAUGUGACUAUCUAAGUGUUUCUAAAAAUGUCCCUAAUGCAUCUGCCUCUACCACCACAUUCCACACUCUGUGUAAAAAAAAACUCUGUAUAUUGUGGGGACUAUCUAACAAUGUCUUGAACUCUUCUGCCUGCCUGAGCUGCCUAAUGUGAUUUGUGAUGUGGAAAGUAGCAUUUACAACAAUAAGGCAGUUUUUUACCUUUUUUAAUGAAAUUUCAACAGAGCUAUCAAAUCUCUUCCUUCACAUCAAAUUCCGCAGUCACAAUCCAUCCACUUUAAUACGUGAAGUGCUUUCAUAAAAUAUUGUUAGUGUGCUAUGCAUCAAAAAAUUGGACAACUGGGAAGUUAAUAUAUGUAAGAAAAUGGUCAGUAAAAUUCUUGAUUAAAGCAAUGAAUCUGCUUUAACAAUAAAUUUCAUCUUUAAUAUUUAUCACAGCACAUUUUUUCCAAAAAUUAUGUUCAAAUAGUUUUAACUUUUCAUUCAACGAUAGAGUAUUAUAGAUGAUACAGUAAAAAUUACCGAGCUGUGGUCAAUUCCUCAAUAAUAGCUCUAGAUACUUGGUCCAUUGUGAUUUGUAGUUUGAUCCGCAGAGUAAUGAUCUUGGUCUGGGCAAUAAUAUCUGUUACAGUUGGUUUCUAAAUUUUUGAGAAAGGCAAGGGAAUCAGCUGCCAAGAAUCAUGAUUGCUUUGUCAUCACAGUAGACAUGUACUGAUAUUGGAUGAAAACAAGUAAACCUUUUGGCAUCCUCUCCAACAAUCAUUGAGCCUAUUAGUGUUGUUUGAAUCUGUGUAAAAUUUGGUAACUCAGCGAAGGUUGUGACAGCACUGCUGAAGUCGCAACUGAUUGUGAGAUACAUCUUAACAUAUGAUAGAUGGAAGAUUGGUAAUACGCUGUGGAUAAGCAGUUUCACAUCACCCCUAUUUUACCCUCACCCAUUUUAUAUUGUCACACAGCAUCACUGUUUAUCACAGUAAGUCAGUGCCUUUUGUGGAGAAGUGAAAGAUGUUGGAGAAGGAGAGAAUAUACAGUAUAGCUGUAUACUAUUGUGUCUACAGUAUACUUUGAUUAUUUAGCUGAGAGAUUCUCACUAUAAUGAGCACUAUAUCUGAUUAGUUUUGGUAAAACCUUUUUUAUAUAAUCAUUAACAGAAUCUUUAUUACAGGACUAUUGCUUUUAGUGUUUCACACACAUUUGAAUUUAUACACAAGUUCCAAUAGUAUGGAAGAAAAUCAGGAACAGUAUUUACAAAAUAUAACUAUUUCAGGAGUGUUAUUUGGAAUUUAUCAUUUUAACAAUGGAAAGGAAAUGCCAUUCCCAUAUCCUGUUGUUAAAACCUCUCAUGCUAGACUAAUUCACUGGGCAUUUGAGAGACAAUAAGAUUUUCUCAGCACUGUACUAAAAUGGGAUGCCUACCAGGUAAAUUAAUAACUUAAUUACGAAAUUACCCUAUUCCUUGCACUACACCAAUCUCAACCUGACCAAUUUCACUACUGCCCAUUUCCCAGGUCCAAUUCUGUCAAUCUUCCAUCCCAAGACCCCACCUGAGUAACAGACCCUGACCUUCAUUGUCAGCCUCGUCCCACCCACCAAAGCACCUCACCAUCAAUAUCAUUACUCUUAUUCCAACAACUGUCUCCUGAGCAACCAUCAGCUCACCACUGCACCCUCAUCUUGGACGCAGCAGAGGCUCAUUUAGGCAUCCAGGCACAGGAGUGGGUGGCACUCUUUCAAGAGCAAGAUCUUGGGUAGAACUGACUCCAUCAGGAGACAAAACCCUGAACAGCCAUUUGCUGCAGUGGCCACCUACCAUACCUAUCAGAGUGCACAGAUUUUCUAGGCAUGAUUGUUUCUGUAAUUCACAGUCUUUCUGGAAAUGAUCCCAAGGCCGGAGAUCUUGUUCUGAUAAAUGCAUAAGGAUACCAAAUACCAAUACCAAACAUAUGGACUCUAAGAUUUUCAAUGAUAGGCAGGUAAGUUUGAAGGCAACAGAUAACCUAAGCGAGCAAAGAUUCAAGAUUGUUUAAUGUCAUUUCCAGUACAUGAGUGUAAAGGAGAACAAAAUAAUUGCUACUCUGGAUAUGAUUCAGCACAAAAAAAAACAAGAUAAGGAACACAAUAAUAAUAAUAAUAAAAAAACACGAUAAAUAUAAAUACAUAAUAUAGCUUGUAUAAAUGGAUUAAUUGUAUGUCCAUUAAGUGAUACUAGGCACGGGACUGUCUGUACAUAAGGUGACUGACAGGAAAUGAUAAAGGUAUUUGGGGCAUGGAGGGGUGGGUUAGUGGUUGGAGGUGUUGAUCAGUUAACUGCUUGGGGAAAGUAACUGUUUUUGAAUCUGGUGGUCCUGGUGUGACUAGUACAUAGCCUCCUCUCUGACGGGUCUGGGACAAACAGUCCAUGAGCACAAUGGGAGAUAUCUUUUAUGAUGUUACAGGCCCUUUUCUGACACUUUUCUGUAUAUAUGUACCUCAUGGUGGGUAGGCUAGUGCCAUUGAUGCAUUGGACAGUUUUGACUACCCUUUGCAGAGCCUUCCUAUCCAACACAGUGCAGUUUCCAUACCAGGCAGUGAUGCACCUUGUUAGGAGGCUCUCCACUGCGUAUCUGUAGAAUGACACGAGUAUAGAUGUGCAUUGUCCAGCUCUCUUCAGCCUCCUCUAAGUAGAGACAUUGCUGAACUUUCUUGAUUGUGUAGGAUGUGUUCUAGGACCAUGAGAGAUUCUGUGCAAUGUGCACUCCCAGGAGUUUGAAACUGCUCGCAGUUUCCACUGCCGUGCAGCCAAUGUAAAGAGGGACGUGAGUGGUGCGAGUUCUCCUGAAUUCAAUAACAACUCCUUCGUCUUGUUGAUAUUGAGGAAGAGGUUAUUUGCCUGGCACCAGUCCUCAAGCUCUUCCACCUUCUCUCUGUAGGCUGUCUCAUUAUUGUUGGUGAUGAGCACCACUACUGAAGUGUCAUUGGUGAACUUGACAAUGUGAUCACUCAGGUGUUUGUGUAGUCAUGUAUGAGCAGAGUGUACAGCAGUGGGCUCAGCACACAGCCCUGGGGGACACCCGUGAUGAGAAUGAUGGGGACGGAGAAGCCGUUGUGCAUCCUGACUACCUGAGGUCUGUUGGUUAGGAAGUCCAACACCCAGUUGCAUAGUGAUGUAUUUAGACCGAGGUGUUUGUUUACCAAGGUUUGUGGGACAGUAGUGUUAAAUACCAAAAUGAAAUCCAGAAAGAGCAUUUUGACAUAAGUCAAAUGGCAUAAGAUCUGGCAAAUGGAAUGCAAAGUGAAAAAGGUGAUCACAGAACUUUGAAAUACAGUGAAAUCUGGUUGACCUGUUUUAUGAAUCACAAAGGCCUCGCAAGCAGAUACUGCAAGUAAUUUGGAAAACUAACAGAAAGACAUUAUUAAUUGCUAGGGGAAUUAAAUACAGAAGUUGAAAGGUUAUAUAUUUCAUUGCUGAAGCAACAUCAGGAGUACCGUGCACAUUUCUAGUCUCCAAAUUUAAAGAAUGUUAUGAAUGCAUAGGAAGCUGUUCAAAGAGAAGCUUUGUGAAACGCAAAUCAGUAAUAAUCAGGUUAUCCUUUGAGGAAAGGUUGAGCAAACCAAUCUCAUUAUCCACUGGAGCGUAGAAGAGUGAAAGAGGACUUGGUUGAAACAGAUAAGAUGUACAGAGGUCUUGACAGGGUGGAUGUGGAAGGGAUGUCUCCUCUUGUGGGAAUCACUGUUUAAAAUAAUACGCUGCCUACUUAAGAGAGAGCCAUUUUUUUCUUUCAGAAGGCUAUGAAUGAUUAGAUUUCUUCCUUAAAGCAGAAUCUUUGAAUACUUUUAACCAGAGGUAGGUAGAUUAUUGAUUAGCAAGGGAUUAAAAGAUUACCAUAGUUGGAUAGGAACAUGGAGGUAAAUUUUAAAUCAAAUCAGACAUGAUGUUGUUAAAUGUCAGAAGAGACUUGGUGGGUCAAGUGGCUUGUUCCUAUUGUUAAUUCGUAUAUGUGAAUUGAAUCAUUCUUUUUUCCAAUAAGACACGAAUUCAAGCUGUGUGCAACUGGUUCUUGUUCAUACUCUAAGUUUCUGUUAGGCUACAGGACACUGCCUGAUCCAGUGGAUUCUGCUCAAUACUCAAUACAGCUGUGUGGAUCGUGUGGAUAGUCAGAGGCUUUAUCCCAGGACUGAAAUGGCUAUCACGAGAGGGCACAAUUUUAAGGUGCUCGGAAGUAAGUACAGAGGGGGUGCCAGGGGUAAGUUUUCUAUGCAGAGAGUGGUGAGUGCGUGGAAUGGGCUCCCAGUGACGGUGGUGGAGGUGGAUACAAUAAGGUCUUUUAAGAGACUCCUGGAUAUGUACAUGGACCUUAGAAUAAUAAAUGGCUAUGUGUAACCCUAGGUAGUUUCUAAAGUAAGUACAUGUUUGGCACAGCAUUGAGGGCUGAAGGGCCUGUAUUGUGCUGUAGGUUUUCUAUGUUUCUAUGCUUAAGAACUAGUCUUUUGAAUAUUGCAGAAACUUCCAAAGCCAAAUUCCAAGUUGAAGUUGAUGGUACUCUGUUUAUAAAACAACUGAGCAAAAUGAUUUAGCACCUCAGAGAUCAUCCCAGUGUAACAGAGAGGUCCAAACAAAUAUUGGAAAAUGAAAUCAUCAUCUUGUUUAUCAUUUCUUAUUCAAGUUGUGGAAAUUCAGAAUUAAAUCAAGGUUUUUAAUUUCAUAUCAUUGACUGCCUCAGCAAAUUUUCACCAUUAUUUAUUUUCAUGUGGUGUGAGAGAAAAAAAAGAGGAAAUGUUAACAUGAUAAAACAAUAGCUUAUAGGAACAAAGAUGUUUCAUAUAUGAAAUAAUCAGACAUUUUGAAUGACAGUGCAACUUCCAGGCAAUGUUGCUAUAUCUUGGAGUCUGGCUUGUAAAGCCGAGCUAUUGUUGUCCUGAUGUGCUGGCUUGCAUUAUGACCACACAUAUCCAUACAUCCUUGAUGUCAAAGUCUCUGACACACAAAUAUUUUGGCUGUGGAGUAUGUUUUCAUUCCAGACUAUCGAAAUUAAUUUUAUCUGUGUAAUAGUAAUAUUAUUUCCCAUGUGAAGAAGCAGAGCACCACCAGGAUGUCUAGUUUUCAAUUCCAUUCAACAAUCUUUUAUUCUAUUUAUUUAUUUUAUUGAGAUACUGAGUGGAAUAGGUCCUUCCAGCCGUUUGAGCCACGCCACCCCCAAUAACACCCGAUUUGAUCCUAGCUUAGUCAUGGGACAAUUUACAAUGACCAAUUAACCUACCAACCAGUACGUCUUUGGACUGUGGGAGGAAACCCAAAUGGUCAUGGGGAGAACGCACAAACUCCUUACAGACAGCUGCAGGAAUUGAACCCAGAUCUCUAGAACUGUAAAGCGUUGUGCUAACCACUGCGCUACUCUGCUGCCCAACUGAUUAAUGCCAAAAGCUUACAUAAAAUCUAUAAUUUACAGAUCUUAUCUACAUGGUUAAGAGAGAGAAGAAAAGAAAACACACACAUAAUUAGAGUUGUUAUAAGUGAACUGAAUGCACAAUGCUGACAUUUAAUAGGUGGUUAGAUUAUAAAGUUUUCUUUAACCAUUUUAGAUUUCAUGAGCACAAUGCAAAACUUAUUAGAAUAAUAAGUCAAAUUAAAUCCAUUUAAAAAUUAAAUUAACCUUUCUCACACUCACAAUCUCAAUUAUUUUCAGGCCUCUGAGUAAUAGUACUUGUUCCCUCUCUUCUAUUUCCUUUCUUCUUACAUUCUAUGAGUUUUAAUCAGAAAGAAAGCUUGACAUCACGAUCACUUUCUGAUUAUUUUUUUCAUCUUCAUUCUUACUCUUUUGAACCUGGUAUUUUUGCUAUCUGCAGCUGGUUUAUGAAUAAUAUAUUUUUAAUAUUUUUUUAUUUUUAGGGAUCAUUUUGUAUGACCUGUUGAGAACCUAGGAUAUUAUCAUGAGUACUUGUAGGCUAACUAUCAUGUAGGUGAGUUUCACAAGCAGUGGAGACUUACGCACCCUUGACUCAGUCAUCUGUGUCAUAAUCUUUGCCAAGCCUGUACCCUCACACAGUCAGAAUAGUAACUCCUUAAAGCUGAGAUAGCACUUGAUGCUGAAAACAGUUUGACAAGGCAAUCGACAGCUAGUCAAUUAAACAAUCAGAGCAAAUGACAGUGUCUUAUUUUUUUCCUUAACUGGCUCUCUAUGACUGAACCCUCUUUCAGAUCUUAAAGCAGUAUGAAUACACAAUUAUUACUGAUGAUUCUGUAGUAAAAUUGAUUAUUGAUAAAUUAAAAACAUAGCUCAGCUUUUCAGACGAUAUUUCAGCAGACUAUAUCUCCUUGAAGUGAAUGGUUGUCAAUAUCUACACAGAUAUUUGUCCUUUCAUCCAAUCCUGGUUCAUGCUUAACAUUGGUUUAAAAUAAGCAUGCAUGACUGUUUUAUCCUCUUCCAAACUGAUUUCAAUUUAACACAUUUGCAUAUUGAUUUAUAAUUUAAAACAAUGCAGACAAAUUUAAACGAUCAGGUCUUGGAGAUAUUUCUUGCAACAAAUGCACUUCAAUCAUGACUAAUGUUUAUGAUAUCAUUAAGAUUUAGCUUCUAACUAAAUGCAGAGAAACAGAGGAAGAGUGCCCACCAUUACUCACCAAACCAGAUGGAAAAUUAAAGCCAGUAAUAAUAUUUUCCACCAUCACUAUGGCCAGGUAACUCCAAUUGAAAUGUGACAGCAUUGCUCCAUAUAACAAUUACAGCACAGAAACAGGCCAUCUCGGCCCUUCUGGUCCAUGCCAAACUCUUACUUUCACCUAGUCCCACCGACCUGCACUCAACCCAUAACCCUCCAUUUCUUUCCUGUCCAUAUAGCUAUCCAAUUUAACUUUAAAUGACAACAUCCAACCUGCCCCAACCACUUCUACUGGAAGCUCGUUCCACACAGCUACCACUCUCUGAGUAAAGAAGUUCCCCCUCAUGUUACCCCUAAACUUUUGCCCUUUAACUCUCAACUCAUGUCCUCUUGUUUGAAGCUCCCCCACUCUCAAUGGAAAAAGCCUAUCCACGUCAAUAGUCAAUAGUCAAUAGUCAGUGAUAAUUCACUUUCUAUUAUUUACUGGGUCUUUUUAUUAUUGAUUUUAAAAUAACAAUGACAAACCAAUGUAUCUUAUAGAAAUAAUAAAAAUAAAUAGUUUAUUGAUCUCAAUUGGGAAAUUCUUUCAUAACAGCAGCAACAUUUAAAAACACACUUAACAGUGUGAAUACAAGCUUAUACUUACUUUUACUACUAAAUAUCUAAAUUAAAAACAAAAUGGUCAGGAUUCAUCAAUGGCCAUGUAUUUUAAGAAGAGUUAAUAUUAAAGGUAGUUGUCUGCUUUAAGACUGAGUGCACCUGCUUCAUUUCCUUUUGUCUUUGCUCUGAGGUAUUUGCUGCUGGCCUUGAAUUUCGAAUGCAUCGAGAUGGCACAUGUUCAAGAUGGUAUUUUAUUAAAACUGUAAAUUAAAAUCCUUAGUUCCCUUUAUAUAAAUUAAAUCAGGUUAGGAUGAACAAUGAAAUGGAAAAAUCUAUAGUUUAAUUGUGAAAAUACAGAAAGACUUUCAUGUGCCAUAAAUUAAGUUCUGAGGCUGCAAUAACUCAUUUUCCAAAAUUUAUUCUGAUAACGUCUCUCUGCAGCUGAACUAAUAAUUUUCUACACCACCUCAUUUGUAUUUGAAAUUCAGAAGUAAAAUAAAACUUCAUGCUUUACUUUUCUUUAAAAUUCCUGUCUUUAAUUUUUAAAAGCAGGGCAACUACUCUACGCAUUUUUAGUAAAUGUGAUUCUAGCUUCCAAGCACAAGUUUGCAAGGUAGAAUUUAGAUUGCAGUUCAGUUCCUGUGCUUUGAGGAUUAGUUACCCAUUUUACUUAAGCAUCAUAUCUAAUUUGAAGACCAACAUGAAGUUGUGACCAAUAUCUCUUUCUCAGGCAAGAUCAGUUAAUUGUUUUCUUAUUAAUAAGAUGAUUCUAUUCACAGAUUUUCUUUUACAAUUCUGGUGCUCCAUGUGGAUUUGUUCUGGGUCCACUGCUCUUUGUGAUUUUUAUAAGUGACUUGGAUGAGGAAGUGGAGGAGUGGUUUAGUAAGUUUGUUGAUGACAUGAAUGUUGUAGGUGUUGUCAAUACUGUAGAAUGUUGCUGUAGGUUACAAUGAGAUACAGACAGGAUGCAGAGUUGGGCAGAGAAGUGGCAGAUGGAGUUCAAUACAGUGAAGUGUGAAGUGAUUCACUUGGGAAGAUCAAACUUGAAGGCAGAGUACAAGGGGAUUGAGUUUAAGAGCCACGAGGUUGCAGCUCUAUAAAACUCUGGUUAAACCACAUUUAUAGUAUUGUGUUCAGUUCUGGUUGACCUAUUAUAGGAAGGAUGUGGAAGCUUUAGAGACAGUACAGAGGAUAACACCUGGAUUAGAGAACCUGCCUUAUGAGCAAAGAUUGGGUGAGCUAGGGCUUUUCUCUUUAGAAUGAAGAUAGAUGAGAGGCAAAUUUAUAGAGGUAUAUAAGAUUAUGAGGGGCAUUGAUAGGGUGGUCAGUCUGCAUCUUUUUCCCAGGGUGGCAAUGGCCAAUGCUGGAGGACAUCCAUUUAAGGUGAGUGGAGGCAAUUUAGGGGAGAUAUCAGAGGUAGUUUUUUUUUUUUUAAAUAGAGUAAUGAGUGCCUGAAAUGAACUACCGGGGCUGGUGGUAGAGGCUUAUACAACAGGGAUAUUUAAAAGACUUUCAGGUAGGCACAUGUCAGAAUUCAGCACAAGAAAUGACGCAAGCUUAGUAUUUAUAAAAAUGAUGAUUUAAGUCUCUCUUGCUAUUAUCUGUUUCAUUCAGAAGGCUGGCUCGAAAUUCCAACAGUAUCCGCAGAAAUUUUAACACUGUUUGAUUAACUACAAGCAGAAAGUUGCCUAUAUCUGGUAAAAAUGUAAAAUAUUUAAAUAAUUACACUGUGAUCUCAUUCAUUUAUACAUUACAUGCGUUUAGUUAAUUAUGGCAUUUGAUACUUCAUUGAAAGUCCAAAAUUCGAGAGCCUCCACAAAUAAUUAUUAUAAUUUACCAUGUACCCAAGGAACUGGAUGUGAUCAAAAUUGUUCCAGACAUAAUCAGUGUUGUCACCAUAUCAGGCUGCUCAGACAUGAGCCUGCUAUGUAUAUGCAACAUAGUGGCUGAAUAGCUCCAUUGAGAUAUCUUAGGACUAAAUGAUUUAGCCAGAAAAUAACCGAGUUGCAAACUGCAGUAGUUGGAGUUACACUUGGACCAAUACUCUAAGACUGCAGUUCCUUUGUAAAGAGGAUAUAAACAUUCUGAAGUGAAUUUAUGGUUUCACAGAACCAUUGAGACUAACGCUAUUUUAUUUUAAGUGUGCACACAUUUUCACAUAAUGAACAUUUGAUAUUUUUCACAGAAGAAACCCUUGGGGACUCAGUCAUUGAAUAUAUUCAAAGCUUUUAGAUAUUUAGUUAUAAGAUCAGUUAAGAGAAAUGGCAUCAAGUUAGAAGAUUAGGCAUAAGGGGCAAAAUUAUCUCCUCCUGCUUCAAUUUCUCAUAAAAUUAAAUGAUAUACAAUAAAGAUUGAUUUUACCAUUCAAGUAUUGUCAAAGUAAACAUUCAGCUGUGAAAGAUAUAUCAAUAUUGCUGAAUUUAUAAAUGUUAUUCAGUACUCUUUUCAUUCGUUUGCUUGUAAUGAGCCAGUAGAGACAGAAGAGAUUGUCAGAAGCACCUCAGUGAUAAAGUAAGGAGCUAUACUGAUUUAGAAAGCCUAGGCUUCUAUACUUAUUGAGAAUUGAAAUGCCACAAUGCCAAGUUGUAAGAUUGAAUUUAAUAAUUUUUUGAACUAGCACCAUAACAUAAUCAUUAAAAUAGCUUGAUUAUUCUUAAAAUAUUGACCAAUUCACUACUGUUCUCCGGACGUUCAAAGUUCAAACUACAUUUAUUAUCAAAGUAUGUACACAGUAUACAACCUUGAGAUUUGCCACAAAACAAAGAACACCAUGUAAGGAAAAAACCCACACUAGAAGACCAGAAAACAUAUGAAAAAAGAGCAAAUUGUGCAAACAACAAACAGUGAACAAAUAACACACAGAACAUUAAACUUCAAACUGCAAAGUCCCCAAAAGUGAGUCCACAACCACAAGCUGUCGAGGCAAGUGAGGCCAAUGGCUGUGGCCACAGCCACCAAGUCAGCCAGUUCAGCAUUGUGUCUGGCAAUGGCCAUAGGCCAAAGCCAUAGAUCCAGUUCUACGCCAAAGCGCCUCGAUCAAAUUGUGCAAAUACUAAAGCGUAUUCAGUGUUGAGACAUUAAACAUUGAACCACAACCAAAAGUGAGCCCACAGCCAUGAGCCAUCAUACUUCUUACUGAUCAAAUUUUGCAGCUUAGGACCCAAGACUCCUGCACCUUCUGCUGGCAGCAGCGAGAGGUAGUCCAGUCAAAUGCAGGCAGAGGGCUCUGAACACCCGUUCAUUUUCCACUCUCGUCCUCGUCGAUUUUAAUCUUGCUCAACACUUCAGUCAGCAUGGGCUCAUGGUCCGCAAUUAGGAAUUGACACAGCCACCCCCAGCAAUAGCUGCACGACUUGCCAAAUCCCCCAGGGGAUCACUGAAGCACCAGAUCAUUCCCUCGGCCCAAAAAUACAUCCAUCAAGGGGAAAUUACAGGCCGCAAUUGAUCACAGAUCAGGAAAAGAAGAACAAGUAUAUUUAGCAGAAGAAGAGUAGCCAAUAGUUUUGUAAGCUUUCUACCAAAAGAACACUAAACAUCAAACUGCAAAUUCCCAAAAGUACCUUUUCUUGUCAAAAGAAAAAACUAUCACCACAAUACAAUAUGAAUUACAUGUAAUUCCACUCAUACACGUAGACUUGAUUUUAAUGUAUUCAGUGCAGUUUUAUGGAAAGAUAAACCUACACUUAUUUGGGUCAUGCUGAAAUUGUGACAUCAACAUUAUUCUCAUAUUGAUUUUUUAAAUUCUGAAUUUGAAAUGAAAACACUCCUGUAUUGUUCCUUGAACCCCUGCAAACUGAAUUUAUGAAGAUAACAAGUUGGAGCUGGACCAAGAAUCAUUUUACUAGCAUGUUAAGAGUAUAAGCUAGCUACCAGAAAACAGAGAAUGUGAAUAAAUGAGACUUUUUAGGUUAUUUGGAUGUAAAUAACAGUUCUUCAUUGAGAUCAUCACUAGGCUUCAACAAUUUAAAUACUAUUUUAAUCAAUGAAGGAAUAAAAAGAGUUUGGAAUGAGAAAUGGAAAGAUUAAGCCAGUGCAUAAAAAAAUUACCAAAUGAACUUUAAUGUGGGGUAAAUGAGAUUUUGUAGAAAGAACAGAAAACAAGAAUAUGGUGACAGGCUACAGGUUGCUGUAGUACAAAGAAAUCUUACAUGUCUCGAACAUGAAAUACAAGAAAUUAGUUGGGAGGUACAACAAAUAAUUAGGAAGUAAAAUGGAAAAUUGGCUUUUAUUGCAAGGGGGCGGAGUAUAAAUUAGAUUGGAGGCCAUGAUCGGGUUACCCAUGAGCUUACUGAAUAGCAGAGCAGGAGUGAGAGACCAACUUCUUGUGUUCCUGUGCUCAGAGACAAGUGCAUCCACUGUCAAAACUCAUCCACGAUUGAUAAACUCAAUAUUGAUAUACCUUUCUCAGUAUAAUGUUUACUCUGACAAUACUUGCUGGUGAAAUGAUAAAUUCUUGGUAACAAGGGUCACUUUGGAGUAGAAGUUUACGAGCUGAAGAAAUCAACGGGCAGGUAAUUUGGGCAAAAUUACAACUAUAUCAGAUCAAUGACAGUUUAAACAGUCAAAGAUAAAAUGUGUCAAAUAUAUGAUAGCAUUUCAAUUUCUACCAAAAUCACGUCAAAAAUUCUUGAAACUACAGUACAAAACAGCAUUUUAGGAAGUAUAUCCACGGUAACGUGAUCUUCCAUUACUUGGAAAUUUCAUACUAAAUGAACUAUUGAUGUUAACAUUAUGUAUCUGUUCAUCUGAAAGUAUUCACAUAUAGGAACCCAACAGAUUUGUAAGAAAUAAUAUUUUUAAAAUUAACUUCAUCUGUUUGAUUUUGAAAAGAACACAAGAAUCACGUGUAACCUAGAACUAUUUUCAUACAAUCUUCCAUUGAUGAUAGGAAGAAAAAAUAUUUAAAUGCACUUAAAUUAUUUAAAUAGGAUUAAAAUUAAAUUACCGGAAGAUCAGAAAUUUACUUUCUUGUUGAAAGUUAUGGUCUUAAAAUUUUAUAUGCAAAUUUAGUGACUGAAGAUAUUACUGUUAUGGUUGUGUAGAUUGCUGUGGAUUUGUGGCUGCACUCAACAUUCGACCAUGGUCACACUAACCUUUUGCAACCAUGUGGCUCCCAAUAACGUUGAAAGUUCACUGUAGCAGCUAUGCUGUGACUGGCACCAGGUUUCCUGCAGUGCAAGGUGAGGUCCGAUCCACAGACUGCCCUGCUGAUUUCGUGACAGCUUGCCUUUCCUUAAAGGCUAUUUCAUUACUUCCACAUGUCCUUGUUCAUCAGAAACAAUUGAAAAUAAAUAAUUUUCAACUUUUAAAAUGAAUAAUAAAAAAUAAAGCUAAUUUAAAACUUCAAUUAACUGUCAUAACUUAAUUAAAGCAUCAAUAUUAAUCAAGCUAAAGCAAGAUGAUAAGUAAACUCAUUAAUUUUUCUUUUUAAUGAGGUUCAGCACCCCAUUUAACUAAAAAGGAACACGUAAGAUCCUCCACUUCUGACUGGCAUAAGGGUAAGGAGCAGGAUGCGAAACGUAUCGAGCCUUUUAUCUUUGGGCAUUAUGACAUCCUUUGCCCUCUAUGUUGCAAAGCAUAGUCUGGAACAUACUGUGGUGCACAGUGCAGCUCGUUGGCAGCAUGAUCUGGCCCGUUAAAAACUGAAAAUGCUGGAAAUAAUCAAUUGGUCAGGCAACAUCUGUAGUAAGAGGAACAAUGUUAGUAUUUCAGGUUAUAGGCGUUAAAUCAGAUUUCACCUAAUCUUAGUAAACAACUGGCAUGGUUAAGGAAUUUAAAUGAACAAGUAAGCUGUUUGGUUUUGCUCAGAAGUAACCAUUGGCUGAGAGAGCCUCCAACUCUCCCACCUGUCAGUUGACUUAACCACUAUUUCUUCCCGCAAGCCACAAUGGAGCUUCACCAUAUUCUGCUCUUUGUGGGUAUUUUUUGGAAAAGGGGAUUGUUUGAAAGUCUCAUGCAGACUGAUUUUAUUUUUAUUGAUUUUAUUUAGACAUACAGUGCUGAAUAGGCCCUUCCGCCCCUUCAAGCUGCACCGCCCAGCACAACCCUAACUUAACCCUAGCCUAACCAUGGGACAAUUUACAAUGAUCAGUUAAUCUACUGACUGGUAUGUCUUUGGACUGUGGGAGGAAACUGGAGGUCCUGAGGAAAACCCACCCAUUCCACAGGGAGAGCACAGAAACUCCCUACAGACGAUGUCGGAAUUGAACUCCAAACUCCAAUGCCCUGAGCUACCAUGGCGCCCAUUUAUUGUCGACAACAUGAAUGGACCAAUUUGAGGACACAUGGAGGAAUACUAUUUUGUCCCUUAACAGCAUUUGCUACGAUAGUUGAAGAAGGAUUACUUAAUAGUAAAUUUUAGGAAGAUAUUUAUUGUGGAAGAAGAAUCUUAAUUAUUUUAAAUUGGUUCACCAAUACAUUCUUUUUUGAUACCAAAGAGAUUAAUUACAAUUAUAGUUUUAUAAUGGUUCUGAUCAACGUGACAUUUAGCUAUCCAGAACUCUAAAAUAAAUGACUUAAUUGCUGUUAAAAUGACCUACUAAAAUGAAUUCCACAAGAUUAAUAGCAGCCUUUCAGAUGAGCUUCCUUUCUAAAUUAUUUUAGAAGAGAAUGAUAGUUGUCAUCUUUUUUCCAGUGGUUCAUGCCUUAUUUUUAUCCUUGACAUAAAUCCAACUGAUGUUUCAACAAAAUUCCCAUAUGGCACCUGCAAGUAUUCUGCUUUCUGAAGUCAAUUUUUAUUAUUUCAGACAUUUUCAGCAUGCUUUCCAGCUCUUACUAUCUCCUUAGGAGAAAAAAAAGGUUGCUUAAGUUCCCAGAAUGUCCUAAAUGUCUUUAGGCUUGCAUGUCAAUUUGUAACCAUAAAGUAAGAGUUCAAAUCUUGGAAUUUGAUUGGCCAGUUAUAAUGCCAUCAAAUUAAAGGAUCCUGUACUGCAGGAGGGGGCUAUUUGUCUACCUUGCUGAUACUGACUCCAGUCCCGUCCAGUUUGCCUCCAUUCCCGUCUCUUUCCUCACAGCACUGCAGCAUUUCUUCAUGUAUUCAUCUAUCUGCCUCUCUGGCUUUUAUUACUUUGUUGUCUUCUGUUACACUCUUACUCUCUUUGUAUUUAUGCCUCAGGCUGUUCCACUAAAUAAAGCUUGCAAUGUAGUUAAGGUUGUUAAAACCAGUAUGACCAUUUGCUGUGUCACGCAUGCAACACCAUGGGAGAUCCACUGUAGCAGUAUAUGCUUAUUCUGGGAGCUCCAUUGCUUUAAUGGAGUAGCCUGAGGUAGCGAGAUCUCUGACUUCUUUAAAAAACAGUUAAGGACAGAUUGGAAUACACUCAAGAAAACAGAAGGAGUAAGACAUUCUAGCCUGCCCCACUGUUAAAUAUGAUCAUGACUGAUCUACCAUACGCCUCACAUAUUCUACACGGACCUUAAUUCCCUGAUUUUUUUCAAAGAUUUAUCUGUCUUCCCCCAUUAAAUACUUCCAGUAAUCUACCCCUACAGUUCCCAGGGGUAGAGAAUACCAGAAAUCCCCCAUCGUUAGUUAGAAAAUAUACCGAUGCACCUCAGAGUUAAAUUCUCACCCUUUUUCUUGCAAAUGUGCCUGCUUAUUCAAGAUUCAAGAUUUCUCUACCAGAGGAAACAUUACAUAUUUCAACAUCUAUCUUCCCUCCUGUAACACUCCUGUAUUAUCUUAUAUAUUUCAAUAAGAUCACUUCUUUUCUUCACAACUCCAAAACAUACAGGUGUAAUUUUUUAAGUAUCUUAUGGAAUAGCCACCCUUUCAUCCCAAGAAUUAACCUUGUACUCUCUUCUGGACCGUCCCCAAUGCUAAUAUAUAUUUUCUUAGCUAUGUGGACCAGAACCUUGUACAAUUGUAACAAUACUCUAUUUUAAAACUGCAUGCUCCAAUAAAUAAAGGCCUAUUAACCAUUAUCUUCUUUAUUUCUUUCACUGGCAUGAUGAAUUAUUGUGUUUACACCUAAAUCCUUCUGAAUUCUACUCAGUUACAUUCUCUCUCCAUUGAGGUAACAGUGCUGAACAAGGGUCUCGGCCUGUAACAUCAACUGUUUAUUCAUUUCCAUAGAUGCUGCCUGACCUGCUGAGUUCCUCCAGCAUUUUGUGUGUUGCAAUAGUUUGCUUUAGUUUUAGAUUUAAUAUUUUUCUUGACCUCCUUUGUUAAUCACUGAUGGUUCUUUUUUCUCAUUCCGCUUUCUAAUUGGAAUAUUUUUUCGUAGCAUUCUGAAAUAGUCACUUUAAUACCUGCCUCUACCUUUCCUUUAAACAGUUUUGCCAGUUUACUGUAUUAUUUUUCUUCAUACUUUUGUAUUUGCCCUUUCUAAUAUUGGGAACACAGGUUUUGGACCCAAGGUGUUUGCCCUUAAACUGUAUCUGGAUUUCUAUCAGGUUAAAGUGACUAUUUUUCAGAGGAUCCUUUACUGUAAGAUCUGUAAGACUGUCCUUGGGUGGGUUCCAUAGGGACCCUUGCACGUUUGAUUAAUCCAGUCAGUAUGCAAAUGAAAAUCAUCCAUAAUAAUUGUAUGGUCUGUAUUGGCAUAAAGUUCAGGCGUUCCAUUACAGCAAUGUUUGUGCCAUGAUGUGGAUUGAAGCUGUGUCCUGUCUGACACAUAACAUUUAAUUGCUUUGGAUGCAAGAAUUUUGAUCCCCCAACAACUGCUCCCACCCCUCAGCAGCUAAGUUACAAUGUAAAACUGAAUAGUGAUUUUUUUUCAAAUACUAAUUUAAGACACCUUGGUUGUUUUUUUUUAGAGAUUUGUUGUAUGUCUUUUACCUCCAGUUAUUUAAAAUCUUGAAUCAACUCUCAAUGACUGGCUGCUUAAAAAAUGUCACUGCUUAUAUGAUAAUUUACAGAUUAGUAAUUGCAUUAAUCCAUAACUGCUGGAAAAAAUAAAUAAACUCGUUAUUUGAUCAGAUCUACUCCUUCUGUUGGAACCAUUUCGCAUCAGUUGCUAAACUGAGUAAUAUUAUCUGCCCAAAGUGAGCAUGGUGAAUUUUAUUCUCUGAAGAUAAUAACACAUUUGAAAUUUAUAGUUAUAUGAUGUGAAUCAUCUACUUUUCAUGGUACUGCGCAGUGACACUUAUGAAAAACCGAAGGUUGCUAAUAAAACCAGAAAGUCUGCUGGAAAGGCACAACAGAUUAAUCAGCAUUUGAAGAAAUCUAUUCAUCUGACAGAGCAUGAUGAGGCAGGAGAAAGCUGUAACACUUGGCUGAUUUACAGUUAUGGCUGUAUUGGACCAAUAAAUCUUCUCAAUUGCAAAUUUGUUGAAUGUUUUGCUUUAUCAAAGGUAAUCAUGUUAACGUCUUUAAAACUAUUUAUUACUGUGUGAACAUGUUUGCUUCACUGGUUGAACUGAGUAUUUUUCAGAUAUUUUCAUUCUAUGCCAAGAUUUGUGGUACUUGCCAGAUAACAAAAGGCCAACAUAUCACUUCCAGUGUCUGGAUUAAAAUUCAGCCCACACAGGUGGGAUGAAAUUCUCUUUUGUCUUCUGGGGUCCUGUGUCUUUGAACAGUUUCAAACUAGUUCCCAGAAGGUUUGAGGCUAUUGUGCAAAAUCACACUCAGAGAGGUCACAGGAUGGCUGAGAAGACUGCUGCUCUGGACUUCAAUCUCAGGCACAAUGAGGGGGUACGAAGAGAAGCUUUCCCUAUGCCUAGCUGCUCAGGGACUGUUUAAUGCUGAUAUAGGGAUCCUGUGAUGUAAUUCCAUCUCAAAAAAAUCGUUCACCUUGAUGAACUGUGCUGGGCGAUUAAAGUGAAGACCUUUUCCUCCAUUGGGGAGACUUUAUCAACACUUUCUUGCUUACCUGCAGUGAUUAAGAAUGAAAGGCUUGUUAUCCAAGAGGCAAUUCUGGUGUCACUUCUGAAAUCCAACAAACACUCUGACCCUCCCCUCUGCUGCAACCUUUUUUUUUGCCAAGGAAUUCCAUUGUGUAGUUCGUACAUUUUAUGCACAGAUGAUUGAUUAGCUAGAGGUGGAGCAUCACAUUCUGUAUGUGUAAUGUGAAUUUGAAUCAUGGGCUUCUUGCAAGGUGAUUACACCUGCACAAGAAUGCUGAUGAGUGUACAGCGUUCUACUGUUUGGCAUGUAAGGAUAUUUCGCAACACUGCUAUGAAAUUGGAGAAACAAUGUGACCUUCAACAGGAAAACGAGGUCAUAUUUUCCAGAUGAAUGACUGCUUAAAUAUCCUCGUGUUGUUAUUAGGGAGUCCUCUACAGAAGCUAAGCUUUUUCACAGAUGACCCUUACUUCACUGUGAUCAAGACAAGGCCUUUUUCUUUGGAGGUUUAGUGAAGGACAGUCAACUCUGGCAUCUUCCAGGUUUCUAUCUCUAUCCCUACAAUGUCCAACCAUCCUUCAGAGGCAUGGAGCCUCCACUUCCAAAUCUAGUCUGCAUCGCCUGGUUUGAGUAUUCCACAAGGCCCAGUAUUCAGCCCAACAGGAAGGCAUUUUGCUUGUUGAGAACUGCCAAAUUAAGAGCUCCUGAUGUGGUAGGAAUAUCACACUUGUAAGUUUGUGCUUUCCCCAUGACUCUCGAAACUGCCCUCUCUUUAUCAUGUCUAGCUAUACUGAAGUCCCAAGGAUCAUCCCACCUCGUACCUGCUAAGUUUGAAAUACCACUCAUCUGCAACCCCAUGAUUAACUGGUUUAGUUAGCCUCUGCAGCACUAUCUAUGUCAGAGAGCUCUACAGCAGAGAACCAAGCCUUUCGGCUCAUCUAGCUCAUACUGAGCUGUUAUUCUGCUUGUCCCAUCAACCCAUACCUGGACCACACCCCUCCAUCCCCUCCCAUCUAUAUUCUUAUACAAACCUCUCUUAAAUGUUGCAAUGUCUGUUGGGAAGUUUAGCUCCUUGAGUUUUUCUUAUUUUUUUAGGCUUUUAAUGAUAGCUAGACUCUGAAGUCCUCCUACCUUUUUGUUUUCAAACCUUCAGUGUUACCUUGUAUUUUCUCAUUGUUAGAAUUAAGACAAUCAUAAUUUUCUUACUAAAGACCACUUGUUCGUAACUAUCUGAUUUAAUUUAUAAACCUUUUAACACAAAUGCCAGUGUGUCACUAGUCAAUAAUAUACUUUGCAGAUCCUGUUUUCUCAUGAUAAAUUAAGAUCAGAGUAUGAAGACUAUUAUUUUACCACCCUGUCUUUUGGUCCAUGUGCAUAUCUAGCAAGGCUGCAUGCCAGCAACAAAGACAAAAAUGUGCCUUUCACAGAACAACCAUUUUCUUUUAUAAAAAGUGGAAUCAUAUAUCCUAUCACAUUAACAUUCUGAUAGACUCUUAAAACGAAAAGUGAAAUUUUAGAAAGUACAUCAUAAUAUGGAGUCAGUCAAAGAACACAGAAGAGUACAGCACAGGAAUAGACCCCUCAGUCCACAAUAUCUGUGCCAACCACAAUACUACAUUUAACUACAUCUCUUCUGCCUGUACACAUACCUCCAUUCCAAUGCAUAUACAUGUGUCUAUCUAAAUCAGAACCAGAACCAAUUUUAUAAUCACUGUCUUGUACUACAAUCUUUCUGCAGUGGUAGUACAGUGCAAAGAUAUAAAAUUAGUACAAAUCAUAAAACAAAUAAAAAAAUUACAAAAGAAGAAAUAAUGAGGCAGGGUUCAUGGAUUAUUCAGAAAAUCUGAUUGCAUGUUGUUAUCAGGCUCCUGUACCCCCUCCCUAAUGGCAGUAAUGAGAAGAGGGCAUGGCUCAGAUGGUGAGAGUCCUUAAUGAUGGAGGUAUCACCUCUUGAUGGUGGGAAAUGUUACGCUUUUGAUGGAGCUGAUAGCAGCAUCUUGUGCACUGCAACGUCCAUACCAGGCUGUGAUAUAACUGAUUGAAUAGUCUCCACCAUACAUCUACAGGGAUUUGCAAGAGUCUGUGACAUACCAAAUCUCCUCAAACUUCUAACAAAGUAAAGCUGCUGGCAUACCUUCCUCCUGAUUGCAUCAAUGCAUUGGAUCCAGGAUAGAUCUUCAGAGACAUUGACACCCUAGAAAUUUAAAACUACUCACUCUUUUCAGCACUGGUACCUCAAAGUGGAUGGACUGGUGCGUGCACUCCCAACUUCCUCUUUCUGAAGGCCACUUUAGUAUCUGCUUCCACCACUACUCCAGCAGCCCACUUCAGGUAAUUACCUCGGCUAGAAUCAUUUCAUCACCUUCUGAGAUGCCAAUUUUCAAUGCAAUCAUCUGAGCGAUAUCUACCCAAAGUGGUUAUUUCAUCAUUAUGUAUUUCUUCAUUUAUUGUAACAUUAUCGUAAUGCCUGUAUGAACAGCAGAUGAUCUAUAAUUUUGUGUGAAGUAAAAAUGAUUCCAACUUAGAAACCAAGGUAAGGUGAAUUUGGAAAAUGAAAAUAGGACUCAAGGUUUUUGGACUGAGAAAGAUGAUGAAACUUCAUAGCUCAUUCCUGUCAGGAUUACUCAUUCCAUUUCAGUAUUUUUGUUCUGCCAGAUCUAUAUUUCAUAUAUUUCUUUCACUAAGAUUUCCAGUACACCUCGUCCUGGUAAUUGUGCAUGGAGAUUCUGCAAAGAGCUAUCCAUAUUGUCUGUUCAAUGGUGAACUAAACUGAUCAGUUUCAACAGCAAUCUUGGCAUCAGUUCGGUGGGAUUCCAACACUAAGGUAUAUUGUGGCUGUGUGACUUCUCCCCAAGGAGCAAAAUAAAAGUGGUUGUAGUUCAGUCAUUGGUAGCGUGGCAUAAGUUAUCUUGUGUUUUCAACCUCCAGCAUGGUUAUAUUUCUCAUAUUUAACAUGGUGUUUUGCUGUAAUUUGCAAAUACCAUUGAAUAAGUGUGUUGGACAAUCCUAGAUUUAAGAUUAGGUUGAAUUUAUUUUAACGCACAUAAGUAUGUGGACAAAUAACCUUGGCCAUGUCACUUACUUACCAAAACACUACCAGUAGCUGAGUGUUUUGAAUUUUGUCCUGCUGCACUAAACAGAUAGCAAGGACAUCUGGCAUGCACCUUGGAAACACCUGGCAUGCUUCUUUAUGAAUGCAUGCAUGAAACUAUUAGACCACCAGUGUAGACAGCCAUUUUAAUUAAUAGCUAUUUGGCUUUUGCAUUCGCUUGCUGCCAAUGUAUUAAUACAGGCUGAAUAAAUAAAACUAAGCUUUCCUUGGAACAGAUAUUAUCAGUUCUUUCCCAACUCCAGGGCCGUCCCAGAAGUCAACACAAGAUAAUGUCGGUGGUUUCUGGGAUAUGUAGUUACUUUUUCCCUUCUCCUCCUCACCAACCCUUGUACCUAAUAGAAAUUCAUUGCAACAGGAUUUAAAUGAAGCCAUAUCAUAAAACUAAUUGAUCAUUUCCAGUGUUUGAGCAGUGUAUUUGUUUCCAAAUCUCUUUUCUACCCACUCAGAAUUUAAAAUUAGAACUGUGCUGGUGAGACGUUGCAACAUAAUUGUCCACUACAUUCUGCUAAUUGAAUGCAAAGAAAGAAGUGCUGUCCUAUUACUGCCUUUCUUUGAAAACAUUUUGGUGAUAAUUGUUUAUUUAUAGGUCCCAUCUGACACUCCUAAACACAGGGUCAAACACUUAUUUUGAAGAUAUUCAUAUCUGCAAAUGCACCAAAUUAGACCCAAAGUUUCAGGUAGUUUUAUGAAAAUUACCUUAUCCGUGGGGAUUUCAGGGUGAAUUUGUGGAAAGCCUUGCGCCAUUCCCACUCUCCGACUCUCCUCCUGUAAAUAGGGCCAUAUGCAAGCACUGGUUAGAAAAGAAAUUCAAUCCAUACAGAAGUUGAAUUGCAUUAAAAAAAAGUACCAAGCUUUUCAUUAGCUUUUCAUUGAAUAAACUUGGUCAGACUUUUCUUUCCAUAAAUUAACAAUUCACUGUUAAUGAGAGUGAAUUUAUAUACAAAAUAUGGUUUAAAGGAUUUACAUCACCAAUAUUCAAUUAUUUACAAUGCUUUAAAUACUAAAUAUUUUAAUGAGUAAUAUCAUUAAAAUAUGCAUAAAGGAUUGCUUUGAAAUUUUAUCCUGUCAAGAUCUUAAUGAACCAACAAUAUUUGACAUAGACUGAGUUUAAUGGUCUAUUUGUAUCAUUACUGCUGUUGUUCCAAGUGUGGCCAAAAUAAUAAUAGCUCCAUACAAGUCAUGGGUUAAGCCAAGGGUAGUUGUGAGUGGCUUACGUUAGGAAGCAUGUUAAGGCAAACAAGCAGAAAAAAAAGGUAAAGACAUAGAGAAGAUCAAAGUCUUAAUCAUCAGGCUAGUUUAAAGAAACUGGGUCUGCAUUAAUACAGAAAAUACAGCUUAACCCCUGACACCUACUCCUCAUUAUAUUGGCACAUUCUACUCUCAAGAAAAACACUUUUUAACAUACUGAUUUUUCCUAAAUCCAUAUUUGGAUUAUUUAUGCUCGCUUUGGCUUUGCUAUAUAGUACUAUGGCAUCCUGAAGGAAGAAGAACUUUUGGAACAGAGUGAUCAGGUCAGGUGAAUCAUACAAUGUGAUCAAGUGCAGCUCACUAGCAAUGGCCCUCAUCAACUUGUUUGCAGACUCUGUCGCUCCUCUGUGAACCUCACGGUGCAAUUGCACUUGGGCUUCGGCUAUCCUCUGCAAAUCCUGCCCUUCUCUAAGGUAACACUGGACAUUUCUGCCAACUUCAUCUCAAAAAACUCCCCUAUCAAAGCUAUGUACUAAAGGCAAUUAAAGUGACAGGAAUAGACAUUCUUGCAUGAGUGAGAUCCAGGAAACCACAAGUUCAGCAUCAAUGAAAUGUUAAGUGAUAAAUGCCCACUUUCACUGUACUGAAGAAUCCCAUGUUACAAAGGAAUACAGGCACAACUUUCUAAAGGAUAGUGAAUUUGCCUUAUUAACAUAUUAGUGUGCAUGUAGCAAUAAUAGAAUUAGUGUAGGGAGACUAUAUUUCCAUAAAGUCCAUUUCACCAUCGCCAUGAGGAACUUAAAUAAUGAGUGGCCAGAAUUUUCCAAAGAAAACAUUUAAUUGCAAGUUAAGAUGGUGGAACAUGAGUAUGACUUUCUGUUAAAGGCUGUGCGUGUAUGUGUCUGUGGCUAUAUGCACUGUGUGUCAACUGCCUCAGGGAAGUGUAGAACAAAAUGUUGGAUUCGCGUGCUUUUAAGAAUGGAAAAGUGUUAGUGAAGUUGCAGGCAUCACUAAUCCAAGUUUAACAUAUGAGUGUUUUGGAGUGUUGCUUUAAUAGUGGGGAGGCAAUGAAGGGAGAGUGCAGUGACAUGCAACGCACGGUAAGUGUUUUUAUUUCUCAUUAAUGAACCAUCCUAAACAAGUUCGGCUGGGACUCCAUGCUAGAGCUGUGCUCCCAUCUGCCUUGAUAAUAUUGAUGUCUGGUUCAUGAAGGCCAAACCCAGGAAUGUGAGACUAUACUGUGUGCCUUUAGGGAAAUGGUUUAGAGGUCUUUCCCAAAGAAAGUAUCUGUACUUCUUUUCCCUCCUGCUCAGAGCACGGCUAGAACACAACUGAGCAAGAUUGUGUUAGGCUGGAUUGGUGUUAUCAAGUGCUUUAAAAAGAAAUGCCAGAGAAUAAUCCUCAAUAUCUGCUCAUUGUACUGUUCAACUGCUGCUCCUGGAGUCUUGCAGAUUGAAAUUAAUUUAGUUCAUGACGACAACUACCAUAGUUUCUGCACUCUAAUUUUCCCAGAGCUGCGGCAAAAUCUUACUUUAAAUUAAUUUAUGUGAUGUGGGUAUCACUAGCCAGACCAACAUGUAAUGCCUGUCCAUCAGCUGGCCUUUCAGAAGGUGGUGGAAUGUUGCCUCUUUGAUCCUCUGCACUCUGUUGUGAAGAUUCACCAAUAGGCUUGUAAAUCAUAGUGUGUUCACCAGAUGAGCUGCUUCGUCCUGAUUAGAAUUAACGCGUCUUGGGUGUUACUGAAACUACUCUCAUCUAGGAGUGAGUACUUCAUCAUAUUCUUCAUUUGUGGUUGGUGGAAAGGUUUUGAGGAGUCAGGAGAUGAAUGACUCAUUUCAGAAUACCUACCUUUCACCUGCUCUAUUGGCCAUAACCUUUGUAUAGCUUUUUCAGUUAAGUGAAUGGGGACCACCCAGGGUAUUGUUUAGGUACUGGAUAAUUAACUGCUCUUCUGACUUUUAUUGUCUUUAUAUUGGGAAGGUCAUUGAUGAUGCAGCUGAAGAAUGCUUUAAGAGCAAGCCCUGAGAGCUCCCAAAAUGAAAUCACAGGUUUGACUGAUUGACCACAAUAUCUUCCUUUACACUGGGCAUAUUUCAGCUCAAAAUAGUUUAAAUUAGAUUACACCUGGAAAUAUAUGCACUUCUCCCUCUUAGUGAAUGGUGUGAAUUACUGCUCACCAACAAUGAAGAUUAACAAUUAGGAAUGAUGAAGACUGUUAAAUAUCUAGUGUUAUGAGAUGUAUAGAUAGGGUGAAUGCUUGCAGCCUUUUUUCUCUCAGGAAAAACUAAAACUAGAGAUCAUAGGUUUAGGUUUAGGGUGAAAGGUGACAUAUUUACAGAGAAUCUGAUGGGGAGCUUGCUCACUUAAGUGGUGUGAAUGUGGAAUGAGCUACCAGUGUAAGUGAUAGGUGGAAGUUCAAACGUAAAAUUUCAGAGAAGCUUGAAUUGGUACAUGGAUGAGAGAGAUAUGGAAGACUAUGGUCCAUGUACAGCUAGAUGGGUCUAGGCAGCACUAGGCUGGCAUGGACCAGAUGGGCUGAAGGGCCUGCUUCUGUGUUGUACUGCUCUAUGACUCUAUUCCCAUCACCCCCAAAAAUAUACACCAUAUUUCCAUUACUACUUCUCUCCUCAAACUCUACACUAGCAGUAAUUCCUUGUUUGAUAAAGAUUGGCAACAAUAAUAACUAAUCAUAAGUUCAUAUGCCAAUGUAAUCAAGAUUUAGAUGCCAUAUGCAAUGGUAUGAAAAUCUAUUGCUCAAAUACAUUAGCUCAUCUUGCUUCUGAAUUACUACUUGUGGAAUGACCAAUGUACCAAGCAUGUAUUCGAUGAGUCAGAUAUGAAGAUGUACAGAAGCUGGAUAUGCAGCUAGGAAAAUUGUGCCAGAUGUAAUCUAGGUUGAUUUUUUUUAUAAAGCUUUCCGAAUGAACGAAAGUACAGUACAAUUUCAGCAUCUUGAUAUGGCAAGCAAUGAUAAGUGGAGUGUGUAUGAGAGCACCGGUGAACCACAUUACGUUGGUAAUGAGACUGUAUAUGUAAAGCAUUUCACCAAUGACAAAGGUAAUGGUCAAGGACAGCAUCAGAAAGAAGUACAAGAAUGGAAGAUAACCCUUAGUUUCUUUGAAAGAUACUGUCACUAUAAUUUAUUCCAAUUAAUAGCAACGUUUGUAAAAUAUGUACAUACUUAUUCAUUCAAAUAUAAAACAUAUUGGCACUGACAUGUCGUAAGCCUGGUAUCUGGGGUAGCUAAUCUCAGGGUGUUUCGUAUUUUAAUUGACUGACAUCUUUUUCAAGUAUUCAGCAUAAAUGCAGUUCCACAGUUGCUUUACUAAAAAAGUAUACAUGUGACUUGUUAGAGAGAUCUGUAGACCAAACCUACCUUUGAGUUGGCUCUACAUUAGUUGGCCUCAGAAUGUAGCACUUCAGAUAUACAAUUGUCCAUUGAUAAAUUCAGUAAAAGUGGCCAAAGUUCCCAUUCUUAAUUUCCAUCUACAGACCCUGCUGGUAAGGUGCAUACAUGUGAAUGUACAGCAUGUGUAAUAGUCAGUCUACCACUGUACACUGGUGGGUGAAGAAUUUUAUUUGAACCCAGUGCUGGUAUCCGAGCAUUGGAAACUGAAUGACAUUAUGAGUUAGCUUUCAGGACAGCUCAUGCCUCAAGUAGGAUACUGGAAAUGUGGAAAAUUGUAGAACUAUAAAUUGUCAUUUAAUGUUUCCUCUAAGUAUGUGGCAUAUAUCACCGCUCACCACUUUGUACAAUUCUGCAUGAGAAUCGCUUUGUGCCUUCAUUACAUGGAGUGAGUCUCUGGCUUUACAUCUCAAAAUGAGAUUAUAACUACAGUGCACUUGGGAAAUCAAGUAAUAGAAUAAUAGCAAAAAAAAAUGUGUGAUCUUGAGAUGAAUAAGAUCACACAGUGCAAAGCUUUGACUCACUGGUGCAGCACAACAGUGGUAAGCAAAGAUAAAAUAGAGGAUUUCAUUAAUGCAGCAUUGCAGGGUAUGCACCCGCAGUGUAAUAGGUUAAUGCAUUGCAUCUUGUGCUCUUUAGUAUUGCAGUAAGUGAUCAGUUUGAUAUCUCAUUGAUUUGCAGAACAAGAUUAUUAUUUCAUUGUGAUUAACAAAAUCAACAAAUUAGAUAACCACAGUAUAAAAUCAUGGAAUAUUAUACAAAAUAAAUGGUAAUUGGAAUUUAUUUUAUUACCAAUACUUCAAAAGGGCUCAGUAAUGAGGAUGUUGUCUUUAAAAGUCUGAAAAAUAUUAUAUAGUUGAAUUAUUGCUUUUUGUUCCUUCAAACAUGGAAAGAAAACCUCAAGAUGUGUGACAUAAAAUUGAAAAGAACUGAUGAUAACAGAUCAGUAGAUUAGCUGUUUUAUUGAUGAAAGCAAUUUAAGGUGAUUAAUUUUCGACAUAAGAAGCCAACUAUACUGUAUGGUUGGACAACUUUUAGUUUCACCAUGUUAAAGCAGAGGGGUAAAAAAUACACCGCCUGAAAACACUAUGGUCAAAACUGUGAUUUUGAAACUUUAACAGCAUAAUUUUAUGAUUUAGCUGAUUAUUCUACUGGUUGAAAUUUCAGUGAGAACAAUUAUAAUUUUUGAAAGCAGAAUGCUCAAUAGUUACAUUGAGGAUCCUUCUUCAGGGCAUGUAAUCGUUGGCAAGACAAAAAUCUUGAUGUCAUGAUAAAAAAAAGUUUGCUUUGAGGUGUAUUGUGCAGUUUACUACUUACAGUGCUCAACAGUUGUGUUUUAUAGGAAUUAAGUUUACUUUAAGCCUCAGGUGUAAGUCUGAGUUCAAUUAACACAAUAGCUCUAGCGCUGUGUUACUAUCUAGGUGAGGGCCUCAAAUUCAACUAUAUCUUGCCUGCCAUUCACCAUGAAGGUUUACAAAUAUCUACCCUCAAUUCCUUACAUGGUGGGUUUCUGAUUAAAAUCAUAUUUCAUUGGGCAAUACCCAACAGCAGCCAGGAAUUUAUUCACAGGAGGAAAGCAAGAUUAAUACAAUUUCAUUUAAUAGGUCCAAUUCAAUAGGAUGCUUGCUGUAUGAAACCUGAGAUAGCAUUGCCCCCUUAAAAUGGAUACUUACCUUCUUCAGCUGGAGUACAUGAGUAAAAGAGGGAGCAGCAUUGAUCCUAGAUUAAUCAGCAUUUCAUAUCAGGGCAGGCAGUAAACAAAGGCCCAAAGGCAAAUGGAGCAGCAGAUCUGCUAAAAACCACAGGUAAAGAGCAAAUGGGAUCCGCUGUCUUAUGAAUACCAGUACACCAACACAAAUACAUUAUAUUCUGCUCUGCCUUAGAACCCACUAGUACGUACUUUUGGAGUUCAUUAUUGCUUUAAUAUAAUAUCAGGGGAGGCUGUAAACAAAGUCCAAAGGCAAAUGGACCAGCAGAUCUGCUAAAUCACCAGGUAAAGAACAAACGUGAUCAGCUGUCUUAUGAAUACCAGUACACCAACACAAAUACAUUAUAUUCUGCUCUGCCUUAGAUCUCAUUAAUACAUACUUUCAUUAUUGCUUUAAUGUAAGGUGAUGUUGAUAAAUGUAAAAUGCCCUAUUGAUGUACAGUUUGAAUCAAUUUUGACAAGUGUAGGGUUGCACUGUUUUGCUAUGUUACUGCAGCAAUUCUUGUUGUAUAGUGAAUUUUAGAAUUACAGUUAAAUGUUUCUGAGAUUGCAGUUUAUAGAAUGUGUGCAGAGUAAUAUGCCAUUGUCAUUGAAUAAAAUGGGACACCAGUGUGAAUCUGGUCAUAAACAGGAAUGAGCUGAGAGUGCUUUAGAAUCUUACAACAGUGUAUUACAUUUGAUUGUGCACGACAUUAAAAGCAUGUCAUAGUGUAGAAAUCGAGUGGCCUCGUGCAUAUGAGGUUACAGCACUAUUGCACUGUGUAAUAUUCAUUUUUUUCAUGCUCCGAUUGAAUAUUUUUGUAUGGUCAAAACUCUUCAGAUGACUGGUGCCGUGCAUUCUUUGUGAAAUGUACUCUUUGAAAGCUGUACUCUGUACAUUAUGUUGGUGAAAAGAUUUUGUAUAUUUUAUGUUUAAGAAAAAAACUUCAGCGGUUUUUGUUCGCGAAAAUUGCCAAUUAUGUUCCUGUCUUCAACGGUUUCUAAUGGUAAUUGAAAUCUGUGAUAUCCUUGGUUCUGCUGUAUUUGUACCAAUCAUGUACAUUAAAC